GACAAAAUAGCGUAUCUCUGUGACGCAACGACUGAUGGUGCAAUCGUAAAAACAAUCGGAUCGUUCGAUCAGUUUGUGCCUACUAAGGGGAUGUUCGCUGAUAACGGUAAAAUUUGCCUCAGCGAACGAUAAUAAAACCACUGAUAGCACAAGGCAAGCAUAUACGUAUAACUUGCGACACGUGUAUAUAAGCAGCGAGUUCUCUCCUGAACCCCGAGUCUCUUCGUUUCGUUCGUUCUGUGCUUGUCGGGAUCUCAGGAAACGUGAAUUUCUUUGACAAACAAAUUUCGUUACAGUGAUUUUUUUUUAAUCAAAUCCUCAAACCAUGACUAAGGACAAUCUUUCUGCUAUAUUGUACGCCGUCAACGAUUUGCGUUUGGAAAAUACGAGUAUUGAAGAACCAGAAGACAAUGAGGUGCUUUUGGAAAUGGGAUGCGUAGGAAUUUGUGGAUCGGAUGUUCAUUAUCUCGUUAAUGGAAGGAUCGGCGACUUUAUCUUGAAGAAACCUAUGAUUAUCGGUCAUGAGUCUUCUGGUACUGUUGCUAAACUUGGAAAAAAUGUCAAGAAUUUGAAAGUUGGCGACCGCGUUGGCAUUGAACCCGGUGUGCCUUGUAGGAUAUGCAAUUUUUGCAAAGAAGGGCGUUAUAAUCUAUGCAAGGAUAUAGUGUUUUGCGCGACUCCGCCCGUGCACGGCAGCUUGAGACGUUUUUACAAACAUGCGGCUGAUUUCUGCUUCAAAUUGCCCGAUCACGUGAGUUUAGAAGAAGGAGCGCUUUUAGAACCAUUAUCAGUGGCAGUGCAUGCUUGUAAACGUGGUGAAAUCAGCAUCAAUUCUAAAGUAUUAAUCCUGGGAGCUGGUCCAAUUGGUUUGGUGACGUUAUUGGUAGCCAAAGCUAUGGGCGCUAAUAAAGUCGUUAUCACGGAUAUCUUAGAAAAUAGACUGAAGAUGGCGAAGAAACUUGGCGCCGAUGAUACAUAUCUAUUGCAAAAGGAUAAAUCAGAAAAGGACGUAGUGGCUGACAUUCAUGCAAUUUUUGAUGAUGAACCUAACAGAACAGUAGAUGCAUCCGGUGCACAAGCAUCAAUUCGCUUGGCGAUUCUUGCAACAAAAUCUGGUGGAAUCGUGACAUUAGUGGGAUUGGGUGCUCCAGAAGUACAAAUUCCAUUAAUAAAUGCUGCAAAUAGGGAAGUUGACAUCAGGGGUGUCUUUCGAUAUGUAAAUGACUAUAACGACGCAUUGGAACUUAUCGCAUCUGGCAGGGUAAACGUAAAGCCGUUGAUUACUCACAAUUAUAAAAUAGAGGACACCAAGCAAGCGUUUGAGACUAGUAGAACUGGUGCGGGCGGUGCUAUUAAAGUUAUGAUUCACUGUAAGUAGAUGGAUCAUAGCAAGAUUUUGAGUCUCAAAAUCUUAAAUAUGAUAAUGGUCUGUAAAAAAAUGCUAUAUAAAGAAAUUGUAAUGACAUGUUAUACUGAAUUUUAUCGUUUUCCUAUGUAAUAAAUUGUUACAUUAUAACUUAAUAUGUACAAACAUAAGGAAAUAUGAGGAAACUAAAUAAAUAUAUUCAUGCAUAGAUAUACGCUAUACGAUAUGUAUCGAUAUGAAUUGAGAUUUUGAAGAAAUCUUUUUCAAUAAUGCAUGAAUUUUUUAUUAUGCUAUCUCGUAUAAUACUGAAAUGCUAAUUUAGAUAUCAUGCAUCUUCGACUAUCAAUAAUACAAAAAACAUUCUUAAAUAUUGUUGUACAGAAAUCGCAUAUGUAUGCAUCGUUAUAUAUGCAAUAGAAUAGCUCAAAAGAGUGAAGAUAUACAACACAAAACGAUCGAAUUUCAGUUAUAAAACAAUAUUCAUACCUGUUCUUAAUAUUAUUUUAAAUGAUGAUAUAUCGAUAUAUCGAUUUAAAUGAUGAUAUGAUAUAUAUAAUGAAGAUACAUUAUUUUACCAAUAAAGAGUAUUUUCUUUGCACAGGGAAAAUACAUCUAUCAAUA